GUUGAGUGAUGAGAUUCAGAAUAUUAGGAAGGCGUGGCCAGUAAUCAAACUGCUGGAGUUUCCAGUGAAGGCUGUGCGCGUCCUUCCUCAGGUUUCGGUAGCCGACCAGUCAGACAGACAGUCUAUCAGCGGGACCGGGGAGCUGCGCGUAUAGGACACACGGAGAGCUGGACAAAGCGCACCGGGUCGGCGCAUGUAUUUGCCCAUAUUUCUUUCCUCUCUUCUAUUCUGCUGCGUCUCCAAUGCUGGAUGCUGGAUGCAAUCCAUCCGCGUGUCAACAACACACCUCUGACGGACAAAACAUGGACAGUCUAGGCAGCCGCUGUAAGAUUGUGGUGGUCGGGGACACGCAAUGUGGGAAAACAGCACUCCUGCACGUUUUUGCCAAGGACUGCUAUCCAGAGAACUACGUGCCUACGGUGUUUGAAAACUACACAGCCAGCUUUGAGAUAGACAAGCACCGGAUUGAGCUGAAUAUGUGGGACACGUCAGGUUCCUCUUAUUACGAUAAUGUGAGGCCGCUGGCGUAUCCUGACUCGGAUGCAGUUCUCGUCUGUUUCGACAUCAGCCGCCCAGAGACUUUGGACAGUGUCAUAAAGAAGGUCAGUGUUUUUUUUUUCAUCUUCUCCUCUCAACACUUUGGAUCAGCAUUCAAUAUCUGCUGUGACACCGGAGAACCAACCGGGAAAAAAAAAAAUCAGUUUCUCCCGAUCAGCAUCUUGUUCCCACUCAGCAGCAGCAGCAGCAGCAGCAGCAGCAGCAGCAGCAGCAGCUUGCAUUUUCAUGGCUCAACAAUAGAGCAAAUCAGCACAGAGGUUAGAGCCUCCCGCUCCUUUAUCUCAUUAAAAGGUCCAUGGACACUUGACCCGUGGGCCUCUGAGGAACGGAAGGUCAGAGUGAAGAAUGAAAGGAGAGGCUUUGCAUCCGAGUGGCUGCGAGAGGAAUAUCACGUACGCAAAUUAGCCACAUCAGCCAUAUCAAAGGGGAGCUGUUGCAGAGUCUGUUCCCGAGUACUUAAAUGGCUCUUUUGUAGGCAAUCUAAAAUUAUAUUGAAAUUAAAAACCAAAGUUUUAAGCAGAAAAGUUGGCCAGAUGGUGGCACUUAAAAUUUGUAAUGGAAUCUAUGGUUCAGAUGUUGCGAUACUGGAGUUGAGUUUGGGGUGGCGGUUAAAGUGUGAUACUGGCAGGGCGAGGUUGUGGUCAUGGAAGUGUUUUUACAGCUGGUGGCAAUACCUAUUGUAUAUGUAGGGACACCCAACGUAAUGGCUGUGUUUGCGUGGAUGGGUGUCACAUAAAAUAGGCCUGUGCCUGUUAGUGGUCUCUCAUCUUGAAGCCAUGUGUGUGUGUUUGCCUUUGAACUGCGCUCCCUGUGGGCCAAAGACAGUUCCCACGGCUGGCCCGUUGACGUGUUUAGUGGUCUGAGGGGAGCUGCUAAAAUGCCCCUUGCAGAUUUCGUAGAACUAACCUUUUUUUUUUUUUUACUCACACAUAUCUCACAAGCCUCAGUGCUCUCUGUCAACAGGGGGAAGCAGAGCUGCCGUCAAGCUUUUUGGUUUUCCCAUGUAUCCCUUGGCAGGGGGUUACCAUGACCCCUGACCCCUAGCUGUCGCCCUGGUAAUCUCUGAAACUCAGGGGCACAUGGAAAACCUGUUGCACAAUCACCAUCCCAAAUUAGACUCUUGACCUCUAGGAACAAGCAAACCAAGGUUUCUGGAUGACAGCUCGGGGAGGAGAGCGGGUUAAACAAUCAAAGCUUUUGAUAGGGUAUUAUUGGUAGAAUAGGGGUGGGCUUGAAAGGUCAAAGGUUGUUUUCAACAUAAAGGGCGAAUGGACACCCUGACAUUCUGCACACGGCAUAAGGAAUAUUUCAGGGCUGUCGGCUGCAGUCGUGUAUUAACCAGCAGGGAAAAGAGAGUGUUGGUUCAGUGUCAGAAGUGACAUUUAAGACUGCUCAGACCUUUUCUGUACAGAACCUGAAAUACAUUGACGGGUACUGGAGAAACCUGAACCACGGUGGCAUGAAUAAAGAGCAAGCAAUGUGAAGAUGUGAUACAUUUCAGUAUAUUAUGUGCAUUUUUCACUGCUUUCUGGUAUUGACCAAACAAUUAAGGGGUUAACCGAGAGAAUAAUUGUCAUUCAUUUACAAAAAUGUUAGUUGAAGCCCUAAUGUCACUAUGCAUUGAUGAAUUUAUGCUUUACAGGAGUGCAACUAACCAUUUAUUUUUUCAAUUAAUUGAUUUGCCUUUAAGUCUCAGGAAUGCUGUUAUCAGUAGAUUCUAAAGACAUUUUCAUUUCUCUUUGACUCCUCAGCUGAACAAUUGUCUUUUAUCAAGAGAGCAUUAAUCCCCAUCGAGCUCAGGUGUCCAGUGUCGGACGACCAAAAGGUCGUCACUGUAUCGCAGUCGGUACAGGCAGCUCUACGCUCGUGUUUGGCACAAUCAGUGAUGCAUCUCUGUCGGUUCAU